AUGUUCUUUUGCUUUAAGACUUUUUGACGAGAUGUAAUGUCUGCUACCAAGACCUGACCAAUUCGAAGACAAAUGAUGGUCUGCUAUGCAAUGGCUAUUGCUAUUGUACUUUUAUUGAUUAUCACACUUAUGCUUACUCCUCUACUUGGCUAGCAAGCAAAUGCGUCAGAAAAUCUGCAAGCAAAUUUUUGUAUAAUUUAUAAUAAUGAAUAUUAUAGUAAACUCUCAAGCAAAUUAUAUUAAACUUUUAAGACUGUUUUGCAUCUUAAAGCAUAAAUUUUAUAAAUAAAUAAAUCUUUUAAUCUCAAGCAUCUAUAAGUUUUAAUUUUUAAUUUCUCGUUAGGAAAUAAAAAUUUUAUGCUCGUUAAUUUAGAAGGAUUUAGCAAUUUGUAUUUUUUACAAGAAAAUACAGUAAGUAAAAUCGAAAAUACACAAGGAACUCAGGCUGUUGACAAUAUGAAUGGGCUUGUCAGAGAAGCCGGAGCUUAUUUAUAUUCAAAAUUAACAGAAGUUUCAGUUAUGGGAGGGCUAAUAAGGCAGAUGCUAGUGACUAUGGAUUUUGAUGAGAAUGCUUACUCUUUGGAAUCUUCAAAUAUCACUGAUUACCAACAUUUGCCUGAAAACUGUCUUGUGAAAGACCCUCCGGUUUAUGGAAACCAAAGAGUUUGCUUACGAUACAGCAAUUAUUAUAAUUUGAGUGACAGUUUUGAUAGAAAUUUGCUGAAAAAGAUAUCAAGGCUAAAUGAUAUUUGGUGAAUUGUCCUUGCGCUCACACAUCAAAUUGCAAUAAGAUUUAUUGCAUAUUUUGAAAAUGCUGAUUUUCUAGUGAUAUUUCCAGGCACACAAUUGCCUAAAAAUUAUAAUCCUAUGGAUACUGUAUGAUAUAGCACUUAUAUAGAGCAUGGAGAAGUUAGUAUUGGAACAACAGGGUACCCAGACCAUAUCGGAAACCCUUCAAAUACUAUUAUUUCGUUAAUGAUGCCUCUUUAUGAUGCGGGCAAUAAUAAAAUUGGAGUUUUAGUUGUUGAUUUGCCAGUUAUUGCUAUAUAUGAAGGCCUCUCAUUGGUAAAAUAUUUGCAGAGCGGAGAAACAUGUGUGGUUUAUAAUAAUGGCGAUAUAUUAAAAACGCAGGGAAGGGGCUGGUGAAGCAAUAAUAUAACUAAUAUGAAUAAGCUGUCUGAUUCAGACUUUUGGAAGGAAGUGAAAAAGGAUCCAUACGGAGUCCAUUAUAUUGUAAUUAAUCAUGAAAUAUAUCAAGUGGCCUCGUAUCCAGUGGUAGCUCAAACUCAGGUUGCUGGAGAUGACUGAUGGUAUUUAGUGAUGCUUUUUGUAAAAGAAAGCGAAAUUAUGUCUUAUAGUGAGGACAGCAAGGCAAAGAUUCAAGAAUAUGGCAUGGUCUUAUUAGGAGUCACUAUGAUUUGUUCAGUUAUAACUAUUUCUGUGCUUUUAAUUUUGAUUAAUUUCCUUGCAAAAUCAAUCAAACUUAACUAAGAUUUUAAAAAAAAACCCUCCUUGCUGGUCUGACGAACAAACCAUAUUCACCUCUAUAACGCUCCGCAACUUGCUUGCCAGUCUGAGAGCAGCCUUUCAUUGCAUCUCUCCUCAUGGAAAAAUGCUUGCACUCACUAUAUGCUUUACACCCGAUAGGCUUGGCUUUCAGAAAAUUCGAAAACGAGUUUUUCUAGUAGCCUGUUGUCUAAAAUGGAAAUCCGAAGCCAAGGAUGAACACCUUGCAUCGUGGUGGAGAACGUUUCCGACUAAAUGUGAGCAUGAGGUCUGCUAAGCCAGACAUUGCGCUCUACCAAGCCAAAUAAAUCUUAGCCGGAUGCACAUUAUCGAACGCCAUCCUUUGGUUCACAAUGUCCCCAGCUGCAGGCAUUUAGUUCGCUAUGCCAUUUUAUUGCUUGAUUAAAUUCCUUGCAAAAUCAAUUAAAGAGCCUCUGCAAGGAAUUAUUGAUUUCACUGAAAAAAUAAACGCAAAUGCUACAGAAAAAGACAACAUAACAAUUAACGAAUUGAACGAGCUUAAAGAAGGCGAAGACCAAGUAGCUUCUCUUGUCAAGGCUUAUAAAACCUUAGCUAGCUCUUUACUUAAUCGUCAAGACAAUCGUGUGCCCAAGCCUCUCCAAGUAUCGACUAAUCGUGUAUAUCCACUAAACGAACUUUAUGGUGCAAACAAGCUGAAAUUUAAGAACUUGAUAGACCAUAUGGAAUAA